UUGGCCGCGCGGGUGAGCGGGAGCGGGGAGCGGGACGUCCCGGUGCUGCUGCUGGAGCUGAAGGGAAUUUUGAACGGUGCUUCCUUGGGAUGUGAAGAAUCAAAAAAGAUUAAGCAAGAUAUAUAUGAUUAUGGUCUUACUCAGUACUGCAUGCUGGUCCUUAGACAAGAUCACUCCAGACUGCGUGGAGGCUGGGCUACUGCUGCCCAGCUAGCAGAGAUCCUAAGUCAUUGUUGUGUAGGACUAGAGGUGAAAGAAGAUCCUGAGGAAUUUUACAAUAAAUUCCUUCCUUCAGUGAUAGACAACCUGCUGGUUUUGGGAAGACGCUUGCAAGCACGGUUUACCCGAGCAAUCAAGGAUAAGCAAGAUUUUUUACGCUGGUUCCAAACAGUAACUGAUGCCACCUGCUGGCUGUUCGGUGGGCAUGUUCAACUUGCAGCAUGCGUACUGCAAAAUGAGCACUUCCUGCAGUUGUUAAUAACAGAUGAUGUUGAAACAGCAAUUAUAAUGAUGUCUGUUUUACACAAUCUUUUGAACGUCAGUAGUUCUGUCUUGCUUCAGGUUGAUGAAGAGACCCUCCACACUGUUUUGGAUGAACUUGUUUAUAAGCUUUCAUCUACCACCAAUCCUGUCAUAGGAAGUGCUGCUACAAAACUGCUAUUGUUGGUGGCAAAAUGUUGCCAGCAGCUUGUGAAGUUACUCACAGCUCGCUACAAAGGAUUGAAAACACUUUUAAGUAAGCAGUGGACUGGCAGAGGAUUUGACAGGGAUCUCAGUCAACUCUUGGACCUGUUGUCCUUGGAACAAUCCAAUGGAAAAGCAGAAAUGCAGAGGCAGCAUCAAGCAGCUUGUAUAAUCCAGGCUACAUGGAGGGGAUUUCAGACAAGGAAAAGGCUGAAAAAACUACCCCAAGCAGUGACCACUUUACAGAGAAGCUUCAGGGCGAAACGGGAACAGGAGCUGCAGCAGUUAAAAAAACAGAGGGAAGAUGAGGGUCUGAAACUGCAAGUUCAACUUAAGAGACAGAGGGCCAUGAGACUCUUCCAUGAACGACAGCUGGCCUUUCUGGAAAUAAUCCAUGCCAGUCAGGUAAAUAAGUAUAUGGAGGAAACAGAAAGAAAAUCAGCAUUAACUAUCCAGAGAUUCUGGCGAGGAUAUAGAGCAAGAAGAAAUUUUCAUCAACAGAGACAAUCUCUUAAGGAGUAUAAAGCAGCUGUCAUAAUUCAGAGAGCAGCUUGUAAAUUCUUGGAAAAACGAAGGAGGAGGAGACCUCUCUCUCCUUGGAAAGAUCCCAAGGGAGUGACAGAUGAGCAGAGACUGGCUUUGCAGCAGAAGGUGGAUGACUACAUCAAACUGCAUCCGGCUUCCCAAAUGUCAGAAGAAAUGAGUAAGGAACUACAUAUGCAGGCCCAGGAAAAGCUGGCACAGUUCCUGUUGAGGAGCAGACUGGAUAGGAGAGCAGCGCAGCGCAGGGAGACAUUACUGGCUCAGGUCAACACUGAUGUGGAGCUGCUAAUGAAUGCUCCAGGGUUAGCAGAGACCACAGAAAAAGAUCUUGAUGUCUUUAUGAGUCGAUCAAUCCCUGUAGCUACCAAGGCAAGACAAUCCCACAACACUAGGCUGAAACACACUCACUGGCCAUGGUGGAAGAAGCUUGGAGAGGAGUUUGAGGAAGAUGAUGUCAUUUCUGAUGAUGCCCUAAAUGCAGAACUGGGAACUCUAUUUAUUGGUGGGAAGAAAUCCUUUUAG